AUGGAUUUACGAUUAAAAAGGUACGAUGUAUUUGCAUUUUCACAAAAUUAAUAAUCAUAAAAACAAUUGGAUUCAAAAAGAAGAUCAGAUGAUAGAAGUUUUUUAUAAUUAAAAUAAUAUAAGCAUGAAUUCAAAAGAACUACUUCUAACUCUAAUACCUGCUAAACGCAGAUGAAAAAAAUAAGGUUGAAACGCUAACCACAAAUCAACCAAAAUUAGAUCUUAUCAUAUUCACUCUCUAUUUAACUUAUGGAACAAUUACCCAAUAGAUCACUAGAUCCAAAGGUAGUCAAAAUGAUUCUCCCUAGCAAAUCUAAGAAUACUCAAUAUUAAAAUGAGGAGUCAACAUCAAAAAGGAAUAAUUAUGAUAACUAUUUUGCUCAUCAGAGUUAAAAUGAACAAAAAGCAUCAUUUCCUACUAUUCCAUUUUAAAAUAAAAUUCUUAAGUCAUAAUUCUAAGCCAGUUUGCAAUUCUAUAAAAAAUAACAGAGCAUCCCAAUUUAAGUUAAGUUAUCUAAUCAAGAGGAUAUCAAAAAAUAAUUUUAAUCAAUAAGAAAUAGGUAUGUUAAGAGCAGAACUGAAUUUGAAAAAUAGGAUGAUCAAAAUAAGCCAUUUCUAAAGACUGUUAAAUCUAAGUUUCAUUUGUCUCAAUAAAGAAAUUAGAAUUAGAAGAUAAUUAAUUUAAAUAAUAAUUCGAUUGAAUCUUAAACAAACUUAGAUCUUGAGUAUCUGGAAGACUUUUAGAAAUAUGAUAAAAAGAACUUUAAUAGGUUAAGAGAUGAACUUAUUUAAAACGCCUGA